UGGUCCAAUCUUCAAGUACACAAACCGAAACACAAACCGAAACACAAACACCCUCAUCUGUCUUUGGCUCUUUGCCCCCUCUUCAACCACUUACACUUCUCACUCUACUACUCUGCUUUCAUGGUGGGUAGAUAAAGAAAAAGCUGAAUCCUUAAAACCCUAAUCAACUGAUAAAACUACCAGAGAGAGAGAGGGGGAAAUUUCAACAGAACACUCCACGUUUCAUGAGUCAAACCUAUACACAUAUUUGAAGUUUGGAAGAUCAAAACAAUUGUUAUAGCUCUGCUGAAGCCAUGGCUUCUAAACAGGUAAAAAGGUCAUCUUUUUAUGUAUUAAUAGCACCCCAACUCCAUGAAUACUACUCUGGGAUUCAAAUGAAGCUAUUUUGAAUUUAGAUUGAAUAUCUGGAUAGCAGUAUAGCACCGUAAUACCUAAUUUGAUUAGAAAAAGAAACGAAAAUGGGUAAAAUGUGUUUAAGAUCAUUGUAUCUCUGCAAGAACUUUCGCCCUUCUUUGUUGUUACCCUCUGAAUCCUGUGCUCGAUUAACACUUGCUGCCAAAUUUUCCAACAUUUCUUCCCCUACUGAUAAAUUCCCAGUUCCGGAACAUCAAUCACCCCAUUCCAACCCUGAUUUUGUUCAGCAAAGAAAUGGGUUUGGAUUGGUUCAUUUGGAUAAAGACCCUCAAAAUAGUAUUACCCAUGAUCGUAAAUUUGAUGAAUUUGAGGCUGAUGUUGAGAAAAUAUAUCGAAUAUUGAGGAAAUUCCAUUCUAGGGUUCCAAAGUUGGACCUUGCUUUGCAAGAAUCUGGUGUAAUUAUGCGGCCGGGGUUGGCGGAACGUGUAUUGAACCGUUGUGGGGAUGCGGGGAAUUUAGCUUAUCAGUUUUUCAUAUGGGCGUCGAGGCAGCCUGGUUACAAGCAUAGCUAUGAUGUUUACAAGGCAAUGGUUAGGACUUUAAGCAAAAUGAGGCAAUUUGGAGCGGUUUGGGCAAUAAUAGAGGAAAUGAGGAGAGAGAGUCCACGGUUGAUUACCCCGGAUGUGUUUGUUGUGUUAAUGAGGAGGUUUGCUUCGGCAAGGAUGGUUAAGAAGGCAGUUGAAGUGUUAGAUGAAAUGCCUAAAUACGGAUGUGAACCUAACGAGUAUGUGUUCGGGUGUUUGUUGGAUGCGCUCUCUAAGAAUGGGAGUGUAAAGGAGGCAGCCUCGUUAUUUGAGGAUAUGAGAAUGAGGUUUACACCAAGCAUCAAGCAUUUUACUUCUCUGUUGUACGGAUGGUGUAAAGAAGGGAAACUGUUGGAAGCAAAACAUGUAUUGGUUCAAAUUAAGGAAGCGGGGUUUGAACCAGAUAUAGUUGUCUACAACAAUUUGCUUAAUGGGUUUUCCGUGGCUGGAAAGAUGGCUGAUGCGUAUGAUCUUUUGAAAGAAAUGAGGAGGAAAGGUUGUGAACCGAAUGCAGCAUCUUACACCGUAUUGAUCCAGGCACUUUGUUCCAUGGAGAAAACCGAGGAAGCAAUGCGAGUCUUUUAUGACAUGGAGAAAAGUGGAUGUGAUGCUGACAUCAUAACUUAUAACGCGUUGAUUAGUGGACUAUGCAAGUGCCGGAAGAUUGAUAAAGCCUACGAGCUUUUAGAUACUAUGCUUCAACGAGGCCACACCCCUGAUCACACAACUUAUCUGCAUAUACUUUUGGCUCAUGAAAAGAAGGAGCAAUUGGAAGAGUGUAUGGAGCUUGUGGUUGAGAUGAAAAAGACCGGUUUUUUUCCAGAUACGAAAAUAUACAAUACUUUGAUUCGUUUGGCAUGCAAGUUAGGGGAGGUGAAACAAGGUAUUGAACUUUGGAAUGAGAUGGAAGCAAGUAGGUUAAGUCCUGGUCUUGAAAGCUUCACUAUAAUAAUUCAUGGUCUUAUUGAGCAGGAUUGUUUAGUUGAAGCGUGUGACUAUUUCAAGGAAAUGAUUAAUAGAGGUCUUUUAUCUGCUCCCCAAUAUGGUACAUUCAAAGAUUUACUGAACACCCUUUUACGAGGUGAAAAACUCGAAUUAGCUAAAGAUGUGUGGGAAUGUAUCAUGACAAAAGGAUGUGAGCUGAAUGUUGAUGCAUGGACAAUCUGGAUCCAUGCACUGUUCUCGAAGGGGCAUGUGAAAGAGGCCUGUAAUUAUUGCUUGGAAAUGAUGGAUAAAGAUGUGAUGCCACUGCCUAGCACUUUUGCAAAGUUAAUGAAGGGUCUGAAUAAAAUUUAUAACAGACAAUUUGCUGUGGAGAUUACAGAAAGAGUGAGGAAGAUGGCAGCAGAUAGACAUAUUACUUUCAAAAUGUACAAAAGAAGGGGAGAGAGGGACUUAAAGGAGAAGAUUAAGGAGAAAACUGAUGGAAGAAAGAGAAGGGCUCGUCGACGCCAGUGGGGACAAGGCCGUAGUAAAGCUGACAUUGUUAUCUGAUGAUUUGGUGAAGCAUCUUUUCUGUGAAUUGGUAGUUUGAGCCCUUACAAAUUGGUGGAGACAUGUAUCUCAGAAUCAAUAUCAAUGGCAAAAAUUUCUGCUAUUGGAGUCAUAGCAUUCCUUGCUGUUUUUUCUGUGAGUUCAAGAGCCCCGGCAAUAAUAGUAGUCUCAUCAUGGAAACAGGUUUCUUCUGUUCAUUGAGGAAGAAAGAGAAAGGUGGGUUUUACCUCAUUUCCAUGCAAGUCAACUAGAGUUUUCAGUUCAGAUCGCCGAAACAAUGCUUUGUGUUCUUUUCCCAACAUAAGGUCUAGUAGCUGGUAAAGUAGAGAAAGAUCGAGGAAAGGAUCAGUGUAGAAUCCAAAACAUUUGUGUUUUCUGUGAGAAAAAUCAGAUAAAGAGAAAUGUGGAUGAUUUGUUUGAUAAGGUUGUGUCACCUUGCUUAUUGGAUACGCAACGGGGAAACUAAUCCAGACUAGAACUCGUACAAGAGGAGCAACAGCAGCACCAAUUGCCAAGCCAUACCGCGAGCAAACAGCUUGUGGGAUAAUCUGUAUUACAACACAAUAUUUGAUUAGAAAUCCGAUGCUGGUUUCUGAUAUUGGUUAAGGUUCCAUUUGGUUUGGCGUAAAACGUUUUCAGUGAAAAAUGAUUUUCCAUGGAACUUUUUUUUUUUGGUUUCAAACUAGUUUUUCUUUGUUUGGUUCCUUAUAAAAUUAAUAGAAAAAGGAAUAUGGGAGAAUAUGAGUGAAGAUUGAUGGGAAGAAGGAAGAUGGAGGCAAGGAGGAAAGAUGGAAAAGUAGUUUCCUUCGUUUUUCCACCUUCGAGGGGGUUAUUGAAAAUUAUUUUUCAUCCCCCUGUCAAACCAAACAACGUAAAAUGAUUGAAAAGGGAAAAAUCGUUUUCCAUGAAAACGUUUUACUACGCUCUACCAAACGGAGCCUAAGUGCGCCCUAAAACACAGGGAUCCCACCUCACCAAACAAGAGUAUCAGAGUCACAGAAAGAAGAACAGCACCCCAAGCUGUAAUCAAACUGUCAAGAAAUAUUGGAAGGGCCUGCAGUAAUGUCAUUUUUUUUUAAUCUGUUAUAUUCAGAUGUUUGCAAGAAUAUUGACCUGAUUUUAGCAAUAUUUUGAAGGUGAUCGAAUUUACCUCCAUGGCAGCUGCAUUGCAUAUUAAGAGGGUACAAAGCAACAAGUGUUGUUUCCUGACAACAGGUAAUAUCUUUGCUGCAUGCAAAUAUUUCUACUGUUUCAGAGAAUGAAUUCAGCUGUGUUUGGUUGAAGAAUUAAGCAAAGAAUUGAGUAAAAAAAAUACCAGCAUAUUUACGGUCUUCUGGAGUUCCAGAUUUAGCAAGAACUUCAAGCUCUACAAGACUAAGGGACAUGAGUCCAAGGGUGAGUCCAGACAUCAACCCAGCAAACAACACCAGUAUUAUGCAUAUCGCGAUUCUUAUGAAGAACUGUGAACCACAACAUGAAUACUCCACUGCCAUAUUCCACUUUCUCUGUUUCAAAUGAAAGUGAUAGAAAAAAAGAGAUAGUAAUUUACUGUAACAGUGUUGAUUUGAGAUGGGAUUAAUUCAAGGUUUCUAACUGGAAAUAGUUAGAACUUGAAAAACUAAGUAAUUUUUGACAUUUGUUCUUGGUUGCUUAAUGUGAAAGGAAAAGAAGGAAUUAAAGUGGACUCAAA